AUGGAUUCCGAGGUCUCGGCUCCUUCUCCUGCACAACUGUAUUCCGAUCAGUUCCGUAGUGGAUCCACCGCCUUUAUAUCCAGCCAGAAUAGCAGCCAGACCAGUUUGCCGCGGAAUGCGCAAGAUGAGCCACCCUACCCAUUGUCACGCCAGCAGUCGGCAGCAUCUCAGACUGGUCCGUCUCCGGCAUUGCCACCGACAGCAGGGCUAGGAACCACCACUAAUACGGGGCUGACGGGAUUGGUGUGUAAUGUUUACCGAACGACUGGCAAGGAACCUCGACCGUUGGUUGGCGCAACCACCACGGUAUUAGGGGAUAAGCUAUAUGUGUUUGGAGGACGACGACUUUCUCGGACACGACCGCAUCUUACGAACGACAUGUACGAACUGGAUUUGAUCAAGAGACAUUGGACGAGAUUGGACUGCCAAGGCGAUAUCCCGCCUCCACGAUAUUUUCAUAGCAUUUGUCCGUUGGGCGACACGAAGCUUGUUUGUUAUGGCGGCAUGUCCCCUUCUGUUUUGCCCUCGGGGCAGCCGACCAUACCCAACCAACCUCCUACGCCGGGUGAGCCGCAGCCCGAAGUGGUGGUCAUGUCCGACAUUCACAUCUUCGACGUCACGACAAGAUCCUGGAUGCAGAUCCCUGCCACGGACGCGCCACAGGGCCGAUACGCUCAUUGCGCCUCGAUCUUGCCGUCCUCUGCGGCUUUUACGUCCGCGAAUGCACCGUUGUCAGCGAUUCACCACAACCCGUCGUCGAAUAGCCCCAAUCAAGGGCAGAUCGGGGUGGCGCUAGACGGAACGGGUGGGGCGGAGAUGAUCGUCGUAGGGGGACAAGACAGUGCGAAUCAUUAUAUCGAGCAAAUCAGCGUGUUUAAUCUUCGAAGUUUGAAGUGGACGUCGACGAUGGGCAUUGAGAAGAGUUGGGGCUCAUAUCGGAGUGUCGUGGCUCCUGUUAAUGGAGAGCUGGCGGGGAAGAUUGGUGUCAAAAUGAGGAAAGAUAGCGAGCCGUUACCUGCGGAGAACUCGAAGCUGUCGGAUGCGGUGGGCACCAGCGGAUCGGCGAUGCUGAUCUAUUCUAACUACAAUUUCCUGGAUGUCAGAUUGGAACUGCAGCUCCGAUUGCCCGAUGGAAGUCUCGUUGAACGACCGAUGCAAGGGGCCUAUUCCCCUCCCGGACUUCGAUUCCCGAACGGCGGGGUCAUCGAUAACUACUUCGUGGUUAGCGGCACCUUCUUGACGUCCUCGAAGCAGGAAUAUGCUUUAUGGGCAUUGGAUCUUCUCACGCUGCAAUGGAGCCGAAUCGACGCCGGAGGGAGCAUUUUCUCGAACGGAAGCUGGAACCGUGGCGUGCUAUGGAAUCGACGGAAUACCUUCGUGAUCCUUGGCAAUCGCAAACGAAACAUGGUCGAGGAUUAUAACCACCGGCGAAUGAACUUCAGCAACUUGUGUAUGGUGGAACUCGAAGCAUUUGGGUUGUACGAUAACCCUCGGAGGACGAAGCCGACAUCGGAAUAUGUGUCGGUGAGCUCUCCUUCGAGGUCGCUGAAGUUGGGGCCGAAUACCGCAGGAGGACGGCAGCUGUCGAAGGAGGCGGAGAGGUUGGGACAGAUGGCACUCGGCAUGGGCGAGCUUGCAGACAUGGACUUCCUUGCCAUCAAUGGUGAACGGAUACCGGCCAACUCCCACCUUGUCGCUCGACGGUGGGGCAAUUACUUCAACCAUCUGCUACGAGACGGCAUCAACGUCGACGACAAAAACGACACGGCCACACUCCGCGCCAAUUCCAUCACCAAUCCGUCCCGCAACUCCUCCAUCACCAUAACCCCCUCCGUCCGAACCGUCUAUUCCUCUGCCACCACCCUCACCAACAACGACGGCGCCUCCAUAACCACCACCCUCGGCCCGCAUUCCCCCCCCUCCCACUCCGACCGCACCCCCCACCUCACCGACCCCCCGGAUCCCCGACACCCCAACCCCUCCCUCCGCCCCCGCGCCCUCUACCUCCCCCACACCGUCCCCACCGUCCACGCCCUCCUCCACUACCUCUACACCUCCUCCCUCCCGCCCCCCAACUCCCCCCUCUGCACUCCUCAAAUCCUCUGCUCCCUCCUCCAGCUCGCCCGCCCCUACCGUGUCGACGGCCUCCUCGAAACUGUCGUCCAUCGCCUCCACGCCGUCCUCGACGCCCGCAACACCGCCGCCAUCUUCAACGCCGCCGCCAUGGCCGCGGGGGGCCGGGAGCGGGAGCGUGAUGGGAACGUGAACGGACGGGCGGACGACGAGGGGAGCAGCGCGGGGGCGAGCACGGCGAGCGCGAGCGAGGUCGGGAGUUUGAGCGGGGUGGAGGAGGGGGAAGCGGGGGAGGUGUGGCGGGGGGAGUUCAGUGCGGUGGUGGGGUUGCAGAAAAGGGGAUUGAGGGGGUUGUUGGAGGGGAAGAGGAUUCGGGAGCACGUUCAAUGGUGCCGGGGCCAUGUUUACUCAUUUCCCCUUUUGACGCUUUCUCCAUAG